UUAUUUUUGACAGAUCAACAAGUUAGACUGCAAGAUGUAUUUUGUUGUGUUUCCUUAUUUUCGAUUAAUAAAUAAAUGGAGCAAAAGUUUAUAUGAAAUUUUAUGCAAAAAAUGGAAUCAUAAGCUUUAAAAUACAAGACGAGAUGCGUAUAUGAUAUCUGCCCUAACAAGAAAAAAAUAUGCAUAGUGUUUUUCAACUACGAUGGCGUAGGCAUUAGGAUGUGCAUUUGCUUAUUCGUGGUUGUCGAAAUCAAACCGAAGAUCCAUAAUCACAAUAUAUUAUAUUCACUGGAUUAUACCGGCUUAAUUAUCUGUGAAUUAAUUGGCGAAAAUAAAAGUGCAUAACUAGAAAAACUCGAGGCUAUACCAACACGUGCUUAUAAUAAAUGUACAAACACCGUCGGCUGUAUUGGAGAUUACUUGAAAAGAAACGAUGGAUUAUCCAGAGAUAUUUGAAUAUAUAAUCAAAUCCAAUUUAAGAGAUAGUUAUUUGUUACCGCAGGAUGCUUUGAACGAGUUUCAGGAACAUUCACCUAUUACAUUGCUAGGUCGAACAUAGCUGCCUGUAUUAAAUUAGAAUUUACGGACCUAUGAGAAACUGACAAUGAGAUUCAUAUAGAUGUCACAGAUGCCGAAAAUCUAUGAUGUACCAGUAGAUAUUAGACAAGAGUAGUAGUUCGGUAAUCUGAUAAUUGAAAAUGAUUAUAAAAAUUCUCCGACAGAAUGUGAAAAGUGGCGCUAGCUUUUGCAAGGAAUAAUGUCUUGCUGUCCAGCCGCAACUUGUAAAAUAAUCUGCUUUCCGGCUAAUGACGGAGGCAACGGUAACAGCAAUACCAGCAACUCUUCCAAUGGCUGCAAUACUGUAAAGCGUUGCAAAAGCCGCGAGUUACGUGCUGGUAUUCUUUACGUUGGCUGCGAUUGUCCCAAACGAAAUGGAAUACAGGAUGAUUGCCGAAGGGCAGAGUGUCAGGGCAGUCCUCCGUGCCUUGUAAAGCCGGAGCCGAUCUGCUGCCCAAGUCAGUAUGCAGACGCUCGCCACUACGCGUGCAAAUACAAGAGCCGACCACGAAAUCCUGUCUGCCCUGUGUACACGUGCGUUCCCUGCCCGCCGCCGUGUCCACCUCCACCAUCAUGCCCGCCACCUUGCCCACCAUGCCCACCUUGUCCUCCGCCAUGCCCACCGAAUUGCCCGCAGUACUGCCCGUGCCAUGCCCACCCCCGCUUGUGGCCGUGA